CUGGUCAAUGCGGACUCAUCGGCUCCGAUGAACGCCGUUAUUGCGCUCUGCCACUUCUGCGAGGCUCACGGACCCUGCGCAAUUUUCUGCACCCAGACGCUGAGGGACACCAAGAUUGAGGAGCUGCCGCUCGAGCAGAAUCAAUCGCAAUCGCAGAAGACAUGCUCCGCCUGCAACUACUCGAUGGGACGUAACAACAGUGGGAUAUACAGCAAGGACACAGAGAGCGGGGCCACAUUUGUGAGCACGCGAGUGGCCGUGCUGACAGAGGUGGCCACCUUGGUAAAACAAGCGGCGGUGCUGAGCCUCAGCAAUGGGAUAGACUCCAACAAGGAUGGAGAGUUUGUGUUCUUUGGCGACUCGACGCGAGGCCACAUUCUUAGCCACAAGUUCCGAGUGGGUGAUAUGCAGGCGCGGGGCUACUUUCAGCUCUACUCGAUCAUAGUCCUCAUGAAGGACAAGUACUUCCUGCUGAACACGAAGCCGUUUCUGGCCGAGCAUCUAAAGAAGGUCUCGUCCGAACUGCAGGCGGGUGCAAACAAAACCAAGGAGGCCGAGGAGCGGCGUCAGAGCGAGCGACAGAGACGACUCUCCGGAGUACCGUUUCUGAUGCAUUCGUCUCGCUCUCUGCUGGAACUCACGGGCGAGGAGAACGUAUUUGCCCAGCUGCACUCGCACUUUUCCUGGCUCUUGCUGGCCGGCUCGCGUUUUCUCACCGAGCACGUCACCUUCGGAAAUCUCCCUUGGCUGCCGCAUCAAAGCAGCGGUCGGCCGCCCGCCCAACGCCUUACCUACAACAGCUCCACCCUGCCCAUGAUACAGAAAUACGAAGAGAGCAUUGACGACCCCGACCAAGAGGAGUUUUUCUCGCUGCGCCACAUCAAGAAGGUGGUCCGCAAGGAGGAGUUCGCAACAGUGUGCUACUGCGCUCUGACGGGCGUGAAAAUCAUAGUCCGCGGCGCACCCGAGCGCACCUUCCGCUUCAUGGUGUGCUUGAAGAAGCUUCUGCCCGAGCCGAUGCACAAUCUCAUGCGCAUCGAUGCACAACACCAGCACUCCAUCAGCUCCGAGUAUAAGAUUAUAUCGGUGUCCAACGACAUUGCCGUUCCCAUAGCCAGCGCCUCCGUGUUUCGCAUUGAUUUUCUGGACAAACAAGUCAACGGACACGAAGUAUCCGUCAAGUGGCCGGGAGAGUUACCCAGAAAACUUCCCGAUCUCAUGGUCAAGCUGCUGAAGGCGGUGGAGGAGAAGAACUUCACAGAACUGGUGCUCAACAAACAGACAAAGGUGCUCAUCGAGGAGUGGAAAAACAAAGCCACCUGCCUGAAUCACGCCAAGUCCAGCAGUGUGCAGGUCAAACUGAAGAAGGUGUUGGGAGUCCAACCACAGGACCAGCCUCUGAUCAACUAUUGGAGCACUCACUUGCACUAGGAGCAGGUUUAUUACUUGUACAUAGCGUGAGAAUAUUCUUUUCACUUUUUGGAAUAAAAAUUCUUUAUUGCCGCAUCGAGUGCGACGGCUAGUUUCCUCCAAA